AUGGCUUCCCUUAUUCAGACUAGCGUGCAGCUUGGUAUAGAACCCACGGAAAUCCUCCUUACCUGGGUCAACAAAAUCUACAAGCAGAGCCCAACAUGGACAAACGCCUACUUUUACCUCGCCUCACCGGACUACCGUGCGCGCACGAAGAGCACCAAAUACACAUUCGACUUCGCGCUGCGCUGGAUGGACCCCACAACGGGAGGCACCUCAGGCCUCUACGAUGACUUCGCCAUGGUGCCGGCGUCAUACGACCGUUUCGCCGUGUCCAACGCCACGACAACCGGAACCACGGGCCAGAAUGUGACGAAGUUGUAUCGGCGGGCGAAUCUGGCAGCGGUGCAGGAUACGCUGGUGCUGGAGUUGGCGGGGUAUAUUGAUCUUUUCGUGCUACACUCCCAACCAACGGCCAACACCCUCAUCGCCCUGACGAGCCUCUACCGCGGCCCCGCCAAGCAGCCCGUCUUCACUUUCACCCCGGCCGCCCUGCAGUCGCUACUACAAAACAUCACCCUCUCGCUGCUCACCCUCCACCAGACCACGACUACGACCACCGCCACCAACACCAUCACCGUCAACGUCCACCGCUUCCCCCACCCGGCGGGUCUGUUCACCCCGUACUUCGUUGCGUUGGCCAUGGCUGGGCGGCCACGCGCUCGUGCGGAACGGCAUCUCGGCGAGCACGACGGACUUGUUCCAGACGCUGUGUGCGACGCGCGGGAGUGA